CUUCCUUCCUCCCAGUCUGCAAUUGCUGCUUCCUCCUCCCAAAACCCGGAAGGCUGCCACAGGUCGGGUCGAUCUCCAUUGAUUUCAGGAGCUGCCCUGAGUUGGUUUCUUGUGUACAUGACAAACAGAAGAGCGUGAUGAAUAGCUUCUAUGCUGGAUGCUUUUCAUUUGAGACUGGCUCCUGAUAUGUCAAGCUGGUUGAAAACAUUCCUGCAGAAACCCAAGAAAGGUCCAAAACCUUCAGGAAACAAUGCUACUGAAUCUUCAUCAUCUUUCCCUUCACCCCUUGCGGCAAGAAGCUCUUGCACUUCGGCCAGUGGCUUGAUACCCAGCCCCAAACAAGCUUCCCCUGCCUUUUUGGUAAGCACAAACAGUGCUGACAGCAUCCGCUGGAGCAAACCCUAUGAUGUGUGCAUCUGCCACAAUGAAGGGGACCUCGAUUUUGUGGAACAGCUGGUCUCCUAUCUGGAGAGCCAGCCUGAACGCUUCCGCUGCUUUCUUCAGCCAAGAGACGCUGUACCGGGGGGCGCCGUUGUGACAGAGCUCUGCGACGCGGUCCAGAACAGCCACUGCUGGGUGCUGCUCAUCACCCCCCACUUCCUCACGGAUCCCUGGUGCCGUUACCAGAUGCACCACGCCCUGACCGAAGCCCCCAUGGCAAACGGGCGCACCAUCCCUGUGCUGAAAGACCUGAACCGCAAGGACUACCCCAGAGAGCUCCGGUGCAUCUACUACAUCAGUGUGGCCAUCUGGGAGACCAGCUUCAAGCAGAUCAAAGAGACGCUGAUCCGUUAUCUACAGGAGCUCGACCAAAAUACAAGCAGAAGAGACUAACUUGGGCCUGAAUGGAAGGAAGUUUGUAUCUGAUGAAGCCUUCAAUGGGACUGAUUGGUCUUACUGUGCAAGGCCUAGAUUCAUGGGCAAACUUGGGCCCUCCAGGUGUUUUAGACUCCAACUCCCACAAUUCCUAACAGCCAGUAGGCUGUUAGGAAUUGUGGGAGUUGAAGUCCAAAACACCUGGAGGGCCCAAGUUUGCCCACUCCUUUUCUAAUUCACUCACAGAUUGUCUAAUAGGCACUAAAUAAAGAAUGUUUUUCAAAUAGAAGGCUGAAAAGUAACAA